AUGGAGGAUUUUGGAAUGAAUGAGGGUGAAUGGCCAAGCAGAGGCGGCGGGCCAAGGCUGAGCACGACAACGCAGGGAGGCGGCGGUCGAAGGGAAGCGGUGGCCGGCGGUGGGCGCAGUGCUGAGCGCGGGCGGAGAGACCGGCGGCGGCGACUGGAAGGGAAGCGGUGGCCGGCAGAGGGCGCAGUGUUGAGCGCGGGCGGGGAGACUGGUGGCGGCGACCGGAAGGGAAGCGGUGGCCGGCGGAGACAGGGCCAGCGAUGGCCGGAAAAAACAGCAGCGGCGGCCGGGGGAGACAGGGCCGGCGGCGGUCGGAAAAAACAGUAG